GUGUUGGGAUUUCAAAACAAGACACCAACUAAAAAAAUUAAUGAAUGUAAUUUUAGUUUUGUUAAUCUUACAGUGCAUACAUACGGUACCGCACUUUUGGAGAAAAAACAGAUGCACAGUAUAUACAGAUUUCUUCAGAUUUGGCUAAUUGUAAUAACCCAUUAUCAUAUUUAAACUUAAAUAAAGCUUAUCAAUGUCUGUAAAAAAACAGUCAUUAUUGAAUUGAUGUGUCUUAUUUUGAAGGUUAACACAUAGCUUCCGGUAUUUCUCCCGUCGGAGGGUGUGUCGCCGACGCACCACUCAGAUGCUCUUUGGUUCGCUCGAUUCUUCUCACGGGGUCUCGAUAGUGCGGGCGGUGCUUUGGUCAGCAUUUGGGUCUCACUAUUCCAUAAUUAGGAUACACUUUGUGUGGUUGGGGAUAUGAGAGAAAUCCUCAUUACAUAAGAUAUUUAAUUACUAAUAUAAAACUAAUAUGGAAGCUCAUAAAUAAAAAACAUCAAUUAAUCAAAGUGAUACAUUUGACUUAUUGUCUUAUUCAACUAUAAUAACAUAUUUUUUGACACGUACACUCUCAUCUUUCUCCAGUUUAUUUGGCUGCUUUAUUAUUAUUAAUAUUAUUAUAAAGCUUAAUUUCCUUGUUUAUUGGCUCCUAUGAUAUCUGAGGCCAGGCUGGAAAAAAGAGCCCAAUUUAGACAGGUCUCAAGGGAAUAUUAGGGGACGGUUCAAAGUCUCCCUCCCUCUAUCCCUCCCUCCCUUUCCCUGCUAUCUGUCCGCAGUCAGAAGCAUCUGGAAUCUGUGCGAAAGGGACUACUUUUUUAUGAUAUUAUGUACACGUUUUGCAGUGCUUUUGACACUAUUUUAGUUUUAAGAUGACUUCCUAUUGCUGAAGGAUCCUCGGAGGGGUUACAACGUUUUUCUCACUGGAGGAAUACUUGGAAUAUAAUUCGGAAUUUUGCACCUUUUGCCACUCAGGAAAACUUACUUUUUCUGCAUAAACCUAAACAACCAGUAGUGUCUGCAGGAUCACUAUGGGAAUAUUGGAGUGAUUUUCCUCGGUGUGGAGGGAGGGUUUGCAGGACUGUUAUUUCCCCCACAUAGAGCAGAGCUGAUCCGGGGGUGCAGAGGGGAGUUUAAAUGCGGCUGAUUGGAGACCCUGCACCGGGAAACAUGAACAGCAGCAGCGGGUCUGGAAACUUUCUGCUGGUUCCCAUUCCGGAGUAUCCCCUGCUGGACUGUGUGCCCAACAAGACGGUGAAGAUCGUGGUGCUCGGGGCCAGCAACGUCGGGAAAACCGCUCUGAUUGUCCGGUUUCUCACCAAGAGGUUCAUCGGGGACUAUGAAGCAAACACUGGAGCGCUUUACUCCAGAAAGGUCACCCUGGAUGGGGAGGAAGUGUCGCUUCAGAUCCAGGAUACUCCCUGCGUCGCCCUGCAGGAUGAUGCUGAAGGCCUGUACUGCCAGGAGCAGAUCAACAGGUCUAUUUACUGGGCGGAUGGAUACGUGCUGGUGUUCUCCAUCACCGACCACAACAGCUACCGCACCAUCCAGCCGCUGUACCAGCACGUCAGGCGCAUACACCCCUCUGGGAAUAUACCCGUUAUACUGGUCGGAAACAAGAGUGAUCUGCUCAGAGCGAGACAGGUGCCGGCGGACGAAGGAGAGACGUUAGCAGCCUCGCUAGGAGGAGUUUACUUCGAGGCGUCAGCCAGGGAGAACCACGAGGGAGUCCACGCUGCCUUCCUGCACCUCUGUCAGGAGGUGAUUCGGGGAGGAAGUAAUGGGGAGAAGCGAAGGGGAGGCCUCCACCUGGCCAGACCGAAGUCUCCCAACAUGCAGGAGCUGAAGAGGAGGUUCAGGCAGGUCCUCUCCUCCAAGGUCAAGUCAUCCUCCGCACUCUGAUCCAGCAGGAACAUCAGGGCCAGGAUGAGAGCUUCCGUGGAGAUCAAAAGUCCACGAUGUGUAAGAAGUUUGAGAACUGAAAGUGAGGGAGGAAGCUUUCUGCAGACUAAGCUCCUCUCUGUGUUUCGGACAAAGCUCAGGGUCAACCCGACCUCCUGGACGCAGCUCAGAGGGAGCGUACCACAGACUGACGAACACACCGGCGAGUGUGUCGGUGAUACGUCACUGAAGGUUUCCUGCAAACCGACCCAUGCCUCAGUUUUCUUGAGGCUGAAAAAUCCCUCUUAAUACAUGCAUACAUGUUUUGCAAAAGUACACAUCUUUUUUUAAUUGGUUGAAGGUGGCAGAUUUCAGCUUUGAAAUACCAAAUAAAUGCAAUGCAAGUCUC